GGCGGCGACCGUUCAGAAUGUCGAGGGCGCGGGGGGGCGGGGGAGCAGUCCCUCCCUCCGGCGGACGCGCAGCGGCAGCUGCUGCUGCGGGAGGAGAGGAGGCGGCGCCUGUGUCGGCGCUGGAGGUUGUGUCCUUCCUGGGGAAACUGCUGUGCGCAGUCGCGGCACUGAAGGCGGCUCUCUACCUGCUCCGCAGAGUCUGUCUAACGAUGGCCUGGAAGUCUGGAGGCGCGAGCCACUCCGAGCUCAUCCACAACCUCCGCAAAAAUGGAAUAAUCAAAUCGGAUAAAGUAUUUGAAGUAAUGAUUGCAACAGACCGUAGCCAUUAUGCAAAAUGCAACCCAUAUAUGGAUUCUCCUCAGUCAAUAGGAUUUCAAGCAACCAUCAGCGCUCCACACAUGCAUGCAUAUGCUCUAGAACUUCUAUAUGAACAAUUACACGAAGGAGCCAAAGCCCUUGAUGUAGGAUCUGGCAGUGGUAUUCUUACUUCAUGUUUUGCCCGGAUGGUUGGUCCCAAAGGACAAGUUGUAGGAAUUGAUCAUAUCAAAGAAUUAGUUGAUGACUCAAUAAAUAAUGUCAAAAAGGAUGAUCCUCUAUUGCUGUCUUCAGGAAGAGUGAAACUAAUUGUGGGGGAUGGAAGAUUGGGAUAUCCAGAAGAAGCUCCAUAUGAUGCCAUACAUGUUGGAGCUGCUGCACCUGUUGUACCACAAGCACUUAUAGAUCAAUUAAAACCUGGUGGAAGGUUAAUAUUACCUGUUGGUCCUGCUGGAGGAAACCAGAUGCUGGAACAAUAUGAUAAGCUAGAAGAUGGCAGUGUCAAAAUGAAGCCUCUGAUGGGAGUGAUAUAUGUGCCUUUAACAGAUAAGGAGAAGCAGUGGUCCAGGGAUGAAAUGUAAAAGCUACAACAUCUGAUCCAAACAUAGUGUUAACAGUGGACUGCUCAUCUCCAAUUCUUAAAAGCUUUUUCCAAACCAACAGCAUUGCAGCUUGUUUUGGACCGUGUUACACUGUUAUCAGCAUGGAAAAGUGGUUUUGUUUUGUUUUGUUUUGUUUUAAUUUUGUAGAGGUUUAAUGCAAGUUUGAUAAUGAACUGAUGGAAAAAAUUAAAUCUGGGCAAAUUGUUUCCUUUUAAUAUGCCCUUAUUUUCACCUGUUUAAGGAAGUGAUUUAUGUCUGCAGAUAUGCAGAUAUACCUGCAAUUUAUCUCCUUUUAUUUUUCAAUUUGGAAACUUUCUGAACAUUUCAGCUCCGGUGUUUGUUCAUCAAACUGCUUAUCUGCACUUUCUUACACUAUCUGCACACUUAAGAUUUGUGUUCAGCUGACUCCUAGAUCUAAAAUGAGAUGAAUUUCUUCAAAGCUAUCAGUGUGGUAUUAUAGACUAGCAUGUAGCAUAUACAAUCAGCUGCUUUUCUUCCCAUUGAGGAAAUCAGUCAUCAUGUAUAUACACUCGAAAGCAUCAGCAAUGAUAACAUUUAUUUUAUGUUGCUGUUCAGGAUGGACAUAACUGACAUAGUUCCCCUCCUUUCCUUGUAGCAUAGCUAAGAGAUUCAUAGCUGAGUAUUAUUUCUAGCUGAUACAUAGACUUGAAGUACCUGAGUGUAAUAUAAGAAAUACUGUGUAAGUUAUGUCCUAAUCAUUGAACAGUUAUGCAGUGCUGCUUCGCCAAAUAAAAGCAAAAGUAAAAAAGUGUGGCAAAUAAUGUGUUCAAUAGAGAUGCUGCUGGGUAGUUGAGAGGUUGCUGAAAAUAUUUCUACCAAUAGUUCACUUUCCCCAGUAUUAAAGUUCCCCUCCAGGGUGCUCAUCUUGAAUUGGAAAAACAGGUUCACUUAUCCUACUGCACUGUUCACUGAUCAACGAGUUUCAGAGUUUCUGGAGUGUCCCAGAAAACACCUGCAAAUAUUACAAAAAAUAAAAAACCCAAACCCACCAACCUUUAACAGAUGCUACUGGGAUAGAAGUGUGUGCUUUAUAUUCAACUGUUACUUCAUAUGAUAGUAAUGUCAAUUAUAUUGAUAAGUCUGUACAUUUCUAAAAUAAUUUCUGAAAAGUUUUAUCUGUUUAGUUCAGUGAAAAAUGAAUACAUACACUUACCAUAAAAAGCACGCCCAGUGAUUGAUUUUAAAAGCAAUUCAAAUUUACUCUAUAGCAGUAAGAUGCCAUUUGAAAAAACGAAUGUGUUAAUUCACCAAAUAUUUCAAUUUAAAGUGUUAGUACUGUAUCACUGCUGUUCUAAUAGGGAAGCCAUUUUUAAUGUAUUGCCUUGGACAAAAUUAUUUAUUUAGGGGUUGAAUAGAAUAACUUUGAAAAGAACAAGGGUUUUUUCUUUUUCCUAACUCUUCUGAGAGAGAGAGAGAGAGAGAGAUGCAAAUUCUGCUCUUUCCCUAAUUGAAUAAAAGAAAUAUUCCCCCUCAAUAUUUUUGUUAUCACCAAUUGGGAUGACAGAAACAAUAUUUUAUUUAAACACCCCAGUGACCUUUUAGAAAUAAUUUCAUACAUUUAAUUUAUCACAGUUGUUUAACAGCUGAUUUACUCUCAUUUAACUGCUGUGAUUUAUGAAGCCAUGUAACAUUAAUAGUCAAAUAUCUAGGAUAGUAAAAAGUAACAUGAAAUACUUUGGGAGUAGCAUCCAUUGUACAUUUUUCUAGAAUAUUCCUGUAUAUAAUGCAUUAACACUAAUUAAAUAAACGUUUAAUAGUUAUAGAGGAGUCAGCUUCGAACCUUACUUGAAUUGUUGAAAUCAUGACUCCAUAUGGCCUUUAUAAAACAUGAACUAAUACAGAUUUGGGGAAGUUGGUAGGUUCAAGCAUUAUAAACACAGAUUUUAAAUUUGAAAGAACUGUUCAUAUUGUUAAGCAGUUCUGAGAAGAAAUCUGCUGUGGCCAGUCAGAAAUAGUCAGAAGGCAAAAAAAAAAAAAAACCUGAGGGAAAUA